UGGUCUACGAAACGAAGUCAAUGAAAUCUACGGUUAAAUGUGAGUUUGACAUGAUUUAGUAUGUGCAGUGGAUGGUAGGAGAUUUAUUCUCUUUCUAGCAAUCGAUUCUUAAUAAAAGGCAGACAGGUCCUAAAUUAAUCCAAAGACGCUAAAAAGUUGGAGAACAAAUUAAAUUAAAUUAAGAAUGUUUUUAAAUGAAACCAAAUCCAAAUUAAAUUUAGAAAACGUAAUUAUUCAUAUGCUAGUAUUUAUAAAAAGCACAAUAAGUUCAUUAGAUUGAUGCUUUUGUAAAGUAGAGAAGAAUGGGUUGUGACAAAGUUCACCUACUGGUCAUAGUCACACUCAUGAUUUUGCUUCCAAAUAGCGAAGGGUGGGGAGAAGAAGGACAUGCCAUUGUUUGCAAGAUUGCUCAGGCUCGGCUCAGCACUGAAGCUGCUGCGGCAGUGAAGAAACUCUUGCCAAAAUCUGCAGAAAAUGACUUAUCAAGCAAGUGUUCGUGGGCAGAUAAUGUGAGAGUUGUCUUUCCUUGGUCUUCUGCUUUGCACUUCGCAGAUACUCCUCAGUCUGUUUGCAGUUAUAAAGACAGUAGGGAUUGUGUAGAUCACAAAACUGGAAUUAAGGGUCGAUGCGUUGUGGCGGCGAUUACCAAUUACACCAACCAGCUCCUCGAAUAUGGCAGCGAAACUAAAUCAAGAUAUAACCUCACACAAGCUCUUCUAUUCCUUUCACAUUUUAUGGGAGAUAUCCAUCAGCCUCUACAUUGUGGCUUUACCUCAGACAAAGGAGGCAAUACGAUUAAUGUUCAUUGGUACAAAAGGAAGCAAAACCUUCACCAUGUUUGGGAUGUUAGCAUAAUUGAUACACAAAUUGAAAGGUUUUAUGACGACAUAGUCGACUUCACCGAUGCAAUUCAAAAGAAUAUUACGAAAGUAUGGGCUGAUGAUGUAGAAGAAUGGGAGAACUGCAGUAAUGAUGACAUAUCAUGCCCAGCUAUAUAUGCAUCUGAAAGUUCCAUAGAUGCUUGUAAAUGGGCGUAUAAAGAUGUCACCGAAGAUUCAGUACUAGAAGAUGAUUACUUCCUGUCACGUUAUCCUAUAGUCAAUUUGAGGUUAGCUCAAGGAGGAGUUCGAUUGGCUGCAACUCUUAAUCGUAUUUUUGACACACAAUCUGCAAUGUCGAUGUGAUCAUCAAAAGAGAGAAUAUAGGUCGACAAUUUGCUCGUUGGAAAAGAAUAAAGUGUCAAACUAAUUUGUAGCUCAAUUUGAACUAGUAGAAGAUUUUAGGAUUUGGGUAUAAUGUUGAUGUACCAAAACCA